UUAUUUUGUGAAACAAACUUUGUUUGAUUACUGACAGGCUGCAGGGGUUGAGUUUCCACCCCGAGCAGAGAACAGUGUACCUCUUUUUACUCCUCCACAAACACAGCCGAUAGUUCAUACACCUUCAGCGUAUGAAGAUGCUGCUAUUGAGGCCUCUCUGCAGUCUGAUGCUUCUGGUCUCAGCUUGCCAGAGAUUCAAAAUGCUCGGGGAGUGGCGGAUGUAUUAAUGGAAAUGCUUAGUGCCUUGGAUCCUAAGAACCCUGAGGGUGUGAAAGAAGAAAUUAUUGUGGACCUUGUUGAUCAGUGUCGCUCUUACCAAAAGCGUGUCAUGCUUCUUGUAAAUAAUACAGUAGAUGAGGAUCUUCUCUGUCAGGGUUUGGCAUUAAAUGAUAACUUGCAGCGUGUACUCCGUCGGCAUGAUGAUAUUGUGAAAGGUGCCGCAGAACCAGUGGUUGACCCUCCAGUGGUGCCACUACUUAAUAUCAACCAUGAAGAUGAUGAGUCGGAAGAUGAUUUUGCCCAGCUGGCUCACAGGUCAUCAAGAGAAAAUUCACAAGGACAGGGCAAGAAACCAGUAAGUGUUAGGACUCAACCUGCAGGAGUUACCCCCUGGCUUCCUCCUCCUCCUGCAUCAAAGAGGCCAGUAAGCACAGACUCCGGCAUGAUUGAUUAUCUCAGUGGUGAUGCCUACAAGUCUCAAGGAUCUCCACAGAGGCCGGAGCCCACACCCUUUACAGUUCCAGUCCAUUCCAACACAAACUCCUCACCCCCAUAUUCUCCAACUUUAUCAGCCUCACCUCCUCCUCCUCCUCCUCCUUCCAAUGCUGUGAACUCAUCACCUUUGUUCUCUGCACAGCCUGCAUAUGAUGAACCCACUCCAUUAAGCAAAUCUGCCGAUCGACUGCCUCCAGCUCCCUGGGAUGCACCUGCUUCUGGGUCUCUUCCCCCUCCUCCUUCCAGAUAUAACCAGAGACAGCAAUUCUUCGACCAACAUGGUUUUGCUAGUGGUGCUUCUCAUUCAAGUAGUGGCUCUAGCUCCUCUUAUGAUAGUUUAGUUGGUCAAACCCAGAAUCUCUCACUUAAUUCAUCUACCACCCCCACCAAGCAAUCGAAACCGGAAGAUGCUCUCUUCAAAGAUCUGGUUGAUUUUGCCAAAGCCAAGUCGUCUUCACCGUCCAAAUCCAAUAGGUCAUUUUAGUCGGUAUAGUUGAUCUGUGUUGGUACAGCUUUUGAAUACUUCUAGAUAAUCAGGUUUUGCAUCAGACCAUGAGAUUGAUUACCAGUUAAUAAAUGUCGGUUUAAACAGUGAGUUAUGGCUUUGUCUAUGCUGUGUGGCAGAGGUUUUAUGUUGAGAUGGAAUUGAUUAUUGGAUUUAUUCUAGUACAUAUAUUAUCUUAGAAUGUGUUUGUAUCA